CGCACCCCGAGGUCCCCCUCCCUCCGAGCCCCUCCGCUGCUAAGGGCGGGGGAGGAGGGAGGAGAAUGUAGCGAAGGCUGCUCCUCGAAGAGGGAGCGGGGGCGGGGGCCGGGGUGGGCCCGGGAUCUUCGCGAAAGCUCCGCCCUCCCUCCUCCCCCAGAGUCUCCGCCUUGCCUCGGGGGAGGGGCCGUGGGGCUGACAGGCCGGGCCAGCCCAGGCUCAGGACUGAGGCCGAGAGGAGAGAACACAAUGUCAGCUGAGGGACAGCAACAAGAACAGUUGUCCCAGUCAGAUCUUUCCCCAUCAUCAAAUUCAUCUAGUUCGUUUGAGAUAAUAGACAUGGAUGCUGCUAGUUUGUAUGAGCCAGUGUCUCCUCACUGGUUUUACUGCAAAAUAAUAGAUUCUAAAGAGACGUGGAUUCCUUUCAACGCUGAAGAUUCACAUCGGCUAGAAGAAGCUUAUGGUUCUGAAAAAGAUUGUAAUGGAAAAGUUGUUCCCACUGAUGGUGGCCGAUAUGAUGUACAUUUGCAAGAGAGGAUGCGGUAUGCUGUGUACUGGGAUGAGCUAGCAUCAGAAGUGAGACGCUGUACCUGGUUUUAUAAAGGAGACAAAGACAAUAAAUAUGUUCCCUACUCAGAGAGUUUUAGCCAACAAUUAGAGGAGACCUACAUGCUUGCUGUAACUCUGGACGAAUGGAAAAAGAAACUUGAAUCUCCAAAUAGAGAAAUCAUUAUAUUACAUAAUCCAAAGCUGAUGGUUCAUUACCACCCAGUGGCAGGAUCUGAUGAAUGGGGUUCUGUACCUACUGAACAGGGGCGACCCAGAACCGUGAAGAGAGGAGUUGAGAACAUCUCUGUUGAUAUUCCUUGUGUUCCCACAGUUCUCCUGGAUACAGAUGGCUUUCUUCAUCACAAGUCCAUUGGAAUUGGCCUGAAUCACCUCAUUGUUGAAGAGUCACAACCUUUUUCUUUAAAAAAUAUAUGCAUAAUCAAGCAAAAUUAAACAUGUGUGAAAAUGCAUCUUUCACUUUUCACCUUGAAUUCAACACUUCACUUGUUGGGAGAUGGGAUAGAUAAAAUAUUUCAUUACUGGCCUUCUAUAAUUACAGUUGGUUAUUGCAUUGAUUGAGUUGUUAAGACUUUUUUAGUUGCUUUUCUUUACUGUGUUGUUUUUCUUGCAGAGCUUGUUCUCUGAGUUCUCACAAGUCUUCUGAUGAUGUCUUUCACAAUAAUAGCAAAGUCAAGAAGGGAGGUACUUGGGAAGGAGAAGUUCAGUUUUGGACAUAAUGAAUGUAAAGUGUCUUCGUGACAUGUGAGAUAUCUGCUAGGAAGUUCAAGAAGCAAGAAUAGAGGGCAGUAGAGAAGUUAGAUUGGAUAAAUAGAUCUGAGAAAGAUCAGCAUAGAUAUGAUGAUAUUAUUAAUUAAAUAAUAUUUAGAAAGUCAAGAGAAGUGGGCCCUAAGGAAUAGCUAUGAUUAUUGUUUAUGACCUGAUUAACUCUAGCAAAGAAGAUUAAGAAGGAGUUCUUAGACAGGUAGGAGGAGAACCAAGAAAAGAGCAGUAUUACAAAAACCUAAAGAAAAAACAGUAUUAAGGAGGAGAAAGUGCUCAAUAGUGUCAAGGUUGCAGAAGAGGAGAGAAUUUUAAAAAUCCAUUAGAUUUAGCGAUUAAGAGAUCAUUUGUAACUUUGGAGAGAGCAGUUUCAGUUGAAGCAUGGGACCAGAAGCCAUAUUACAAGGUUAAGAGGGGAAAGAAAGUGGCGGCAACAACUUGUAGGCACCAAUGGUUCAAGUAGGAGUUUUGGGGAAUGGAGAUGUGGUCAUGUAUAUAGGCAGUGGAGAAGUAGACAGAUUAAAGGCUAGUGAGAAAGAGAUGAUAGGAGAUUAAAGCUUAAUGAGAGAAAUAAUAGAAGAGGCAGUCUGCUAGAGAACAUGGAAUAAAAUGGGUUCACUUAGGCAUGUGGAAGGACUUGUCUUGCCAAAGAAAAGGCUCACCUGUUCAUGUGAUGCAGGGUUGAAGGAAGAGACAAUGGCAGAAAGAAUAUGAGUGAUGUGAGAUAAGGAGGAAAGAGGAAGAAGAAGCUCUUAGUGAGUGGCCUAAUUUUUUUUUUUCAGUAGAAAAAACCCCUAGAAUAUAAUAACAUUAGUGACUUUUUUGACCAUAAUUCCAAAUUGAUUUCCAGAUUGAUUAUAACAGUUUACAGUUCUACCAAUCAUGUAUUAUCAUGCCUAUUUUCAUACAUCCUUUCUAACAAUUGUAAUUUUCACCCAUUUGAUGGAUGUGGAUGGAAUGUGUGUUUCUCUAAUUGCUGGUGAUUUGGAGCAUUUUCUCAUCUGUGUAUUGAUAGUUUGGGUAUCUUCCUUUGAAAACUACUAUAUCUUUUAACCAUUUAUCUGUUUUGGAAUGGCUCUUGUUUGUAUAUAUUUGAUUUGGUUCUAUAUAUAUCUUGGAAAUAAAACUUUUAAUAGGGAAACUUACUGCAAAGAUUUUUUUUUCCAGUUAAUCAUUUCCCUUCUAAUUGUAAUUGAAUGUGCAAAAAACUUUUCAAUAUUAUAUAAUAAAAGUUGUCCAUUUUUAAUUGUUAGAGGCUCUAUGAGAAAAUAGGCACACUAAUGCACUGUUGGAACAACUGUGAAUUGGUCCAAACCAGUUUGGAACUGUAACAAAAGUUACUAAAUCAUUAAUACUUUAAAUUGUUCAUAUCCUUUGAUAUGGCAGCCAAGUGGUGUAGUUGUUAAGAGUGCUGAGCCUGAAGUCAAGAAGAUGCCUCUUCCUGCAUUCCAAUAUGACUUUGGACACUUACUAGCUGUAUGACUCUGGGCAAGUCACUUAACCUUGUUUGCUUCCGUUUCUUAUAUAUCAAAUGAGCUUGAGAAGGAAAUGGCAAACCCUUCCAAUAUCUGUCAAGAAAAUCCCAAAUAGGGCCACAAAGAGUUGAACACAACUGAAAAAUAAUGAAACAAAAAAAUCCUUUGAUCUAUAAAUACCACUAUUAGGUUUAUAUACCCUAAAGAGAUCACAGACAGAAGGGAAGGACCAUUAAAUAUAAAAAUAUUUGUAGCAGUUCUUUGUUAUAACAAGUAACUGGAAACUAAGGAGUACCUACUAUUUGGGGAAUGGCCGGACAAAUUAUGGCAUAUGACUAUAAUGGAAUACAUUGUAUUAUAACACAUGACAAAAGGGACAAUUUCAGAGAAACCUGGGAAGUCUUGUAUAAAUUGAUGCAAGGUGAAGUGAGUUGUUCUAGGAGAGCAAUUUAUAUAAUGACAUGAAAACAAUUUAAACAAUAAUGACAGUGCUGUAACAGCAAACAACUUUGAAAGCCUUAAGAUUAAGAACCCUGAUCAGUGCUACUCUAGUUCCAGAGUUCUGAUGAUGAAGCAUGUUCCCCUCUUGGCAGAAAGCUGAUGAACUCAGAUUGCAGAAAGAGAAGUACAUUUUUGGACACAGCCAGAUGUAGACAUUUGUUUAUUUUGUUGUCUCUACAUAUGUGUUACAAAGGUUUUGUUUUUUUUUCUUUGGGGAAGAAGAAUGGAGAGAAGGAAGGGAAAAGCAAGGAUUAGUUUAUCAAAAAAGAAAGUGGGGGCAGGCACAGUAACAGAAGGAAGGCCAGAAGGAAUCAUAGACAAACUCGACAACUUUAAAUGUAAAUUAUGGAAUUUUUUAUAUACUUAAAAAGAAAAGCAAGUUGUACAUUAUUAAUAUACACUUUUUUAAUGUAAAAAAUGCCUGCAUUUUCUGAGAUCAUCUCUAUUGUUAUUUGAUCAUAAACUUCCUUUAUUUAGUUGGCAAUAUUUUUUUCCUUUUUCUUCUCAUUUUUGCAUGAUAUCUUUUAAUAGCUAAAUCACUUAUCUCAGAAUAGAUCUUGAGACACACAAACAGAUGUACAUAUGUGCAUUUAUAGAUAUUGCUCUAAAACCAAUUUCUGCUAGACUGCUUUUCUGAUUUUCUUAGUUUUUUGGGCAUAUAAGGAGCCUCAAUAGUUGGGAUCUUUGAAUUUAUUGAACAUUAUACUUCUCUCAUCUAUUUGUACUUAAUAAAAAUGUUUCUUUUUUAAAAGUUAAGUAGUCAUAUGUAAUAGUAUUAGACUACAUUUAUAUAAUACUUUUAAAGGUUUACAUAAUUCUUUCCUCCCCGUUGUCCUAAAUUAAUUUGAAAGACACAAAAAAGUUAAGUGACUUAUAAGCGUCAUACUUGUAAGUAUCAAAACCAGAAUUUCCAAGUUCACCUUUCUUUCUACAACAUUGAAAGAAUAACGUUGAAAGCUAAUAACAGCCUUAUUUCCAGGAAGUGACUAUUCAUAUUAAAUGUUUUUGGUGUUCCUUAUGACACAUAUUCUAGAUAGUUAUUGAUUAUGUAAAAAUGGUUUUUAAAAUGACCUUGAUAAAUGUUCUUGGCUGUUUUCUUACUUUACAAUUAAAAUGAUUAUUAAGUGUCUUUCCUCUUGCUUUGGAAUUGGCAUUACUAUGUUAUAGAGUUAAGUCCUUUUGGAUGAAAGACUUGGUACUUUUACUGAAACUGCUGAGAAUUUUGAUGCUGAUCUGAUAAAGUCUUAUCUUGACCAAGAUAGAGCUCUGUUUUAGCAUAGUUCCUUAUAAUAUAUGUUAUUUGUUAAAAAUAACAGAAUAUAAUCAGUUUUCAUAAUCAGUCAUAUAAACUGGUCUUUUGAUUUAA